CCGACUUCCUGUAAUGGUUGGCCAAGAGCGAACUCCGGUCGCAAACGCUCGCGUCGCAAACGUGCUCGGGGCGGCCCUUGCGAGGCCUUGAAGAUAGGCGGCGAGCAAAAGGGGAGGGAGCUUCCGAAGGGUCGCUUUUUCUUAGUCCUGGCGAGAUUGGAUCUUGUCGUCCUCCCUCCCAGGAGGAUUUGUUUGAAAUGAUGUGAAAAACGAAGAUUUCCAGCCAGCCAGCUAACCAUGGAGCUUCCAAACUAUAGCCAGCAACUGCUUCGACAGCUGUACGCUUUCUGCCAGGAACAGCAGUUCUGCGACUGUAGCGUCUUGGUUGGAGAAUCCCAUUUCCGAGCACACAAGCUUGUGCUGGCAGCAGCCAGUCUCUUGUUGAAAUCCCUGCUGGAAAGCACAGAUACGAUCUCUAUUGAUGCAUCUGUGGUGGCCCCGGAUGACUUUGCCCUGCUGCUAGAGAUGAUCUAUACAGGCAAACUGCCCCUUGGGAAGCACAAUUUCAGCAAGGUCAUCUCUGUGGCGGACAAUCUACAGAUGUUUGACGUGGCUGUCAGCUGCAAAGCCCUCCUCAGGGACCUCCUACACUGCUCAAACCAAGACCAUGCUGGGAGGGACUUCUCCGUUCAGACAGUUGGUGCGUCUAGUGAAAGCAGUGCUAUUUCUAACUCUUCACAAGCUGCAGUGCUUGAUGCCAAAGCUGCAGUGGACUCACAGCCCUCUGUAAGAGUUUCUUCUUGUUCUGCAGACUCUGUCAAAAUACAAGGACAGAAUACGAGUUCAACCUUGACUCAUGAAGAAGCUGUGGAUCAGGAGACACUUCCCAAUUCUUGUAGCCAGCAUUCUGAAAUUUGCCUAGGACAGUGUCCCAGUGGAAAGGGGAUCUGCAAGAGAAGGGAGAGCACAGAGCCCCCAGAAGAGAGGGGCAUGGCUGAAGGUGCAGGAGGUUCAGGAGAGGAGAAGAUCAUAGCUGCUCUGCUUCUGGCAAGGAAGGAAGAGCUUGUUCAGAAUGUGACUGAGUUGCAGCCCAUCCAAGAUCUCUUGGAAAAAGCAGAGGAGGAUUUGCUUCCUGAGGCUGAAAAGCAGAUGAUUCUGGGCUGUUGUCAGAACAGCUCACCAAAGGAGGCUGUGGAGAAUCUGAUCAAGGCGGUGGUGGAGGAGAAAACCCUGAAAGCUGGGAGCCUCCUCAAACUUCUGCUUGCCCUGAAAGAUUCAUUCCCCAACUUACAUCGUGUGCUGAACAACUGGGACCUGGCAGCAGCUGAAUCUAAUGGAACAGCCAGGUGGAAUCUUGAAGCCUGUGGGAAGGACCUCUUGAGACGCCACCGAGCCACUCUUGCCGAAUUUGUUGUCGACCCCCAGCUGUUGCAGAAAGGGCUCUCUGCGGUGCAGCAUCUAGCAGCUGGAAACCGAGAGGUGAUGGAGAAGAUUACAACAGAUGUAGCCAGGUCCAAGGUGCUUGCUGCAUUGGCCUCUGCAGUCCUGGAAGAAGAGACUCUUCCAGCAAUAGCUAUUUGGAAGGUGUUGCUGGCACUGCAAGGUGAGGAGUCACCUCUGAAGCAGUUCCUGGAGGAGGUGCAGAAGGAAGCCGAUGCUGACCUCUUCUUCCAAGCCGUGGGCUCUAGCGUUGGCAUUGUCACAGAAAUAAUACUGCAGCAUCGCGAGCUGAUCUCUGAGGCCCUUCGGCGGCAAGCAGAGCUUGCGGGGUUACCACCGGCAGAAGCAGACCUGGCCAAAGCAGUGGAUGAGCUGCUGAACCUUGACCCACAGGAGGGGACCCCCCAGGCCUCCUGGAAAGCAGCUCUGAGCAGUGCCCUGGGCAAAUCCAUUCCUGCCGACCAGGUCUGCCAGCUCCUCCGCAGCACUCAGGGGUUUUUUCCAGGCCUGCAGCCCGUCAUGCAGGAACUGCGGCAGGCAGGCCUGUUGAUGGAAGGCCAAGGAGGGGAGGCCGACGUCCAGCGAUGGCCGGCGGAAAAGGAGUCCCAGCUGGAAGACGUGGGCCAAGAAGAAGAGCAGAAGGCUGAGCUUGAUGUGCCGCCCGAGGGGGCAGCCCCAAAGAGGAGCUUCACCUGCAAGGCCUGCCGGAAGAGCUUCCGCUUCUACUGCCGCCUCCAAGUACAUGAGAAACGCUGCCGUGUUGCUAGUCAGAAUCAAGACCCCUGCAAGGACUGCAGCGAGACAAGGGCAUCCAGGAAGGAGAAUGAGAAAUGCCCCCCAGACACUCCAGGCCCUGCCUCUAGGAAGAAGAAGAAAAAGCGCCUCCCUGUGGCUUGUGACAUCUGCGGCCGGGAAUUUGCUCACGCCUCAGGGAUGCAGUACCACAGACUGACGGAGCACUUUGAUGAGAAGCCCUUCUCCUGUGAUGAGUGCGGAGCCAAAUUUGCUGCCAACUCCACGCUGAAGAACCACCGGCGCUUGCACUCUGGGGACCGGCCCUUCGUCUGCAAGCACUGCCGGAGCGCUUUCUCACAGGCUUCGGCCCUUGCCUACCAUACCAAAAAGAAACAUGCAGAAGGAAAGAUGUACGCCUGCCAGUACUGUGCCGCCGUCUUCGCACAGUCUAUUGAGCUGUCCCGCCACGUGCGCACCCACACCGGUGACAAGCCCUAUGUGUGCAGGGAGUGCGGGAAGGGCUUUCGCCAAGCCAACGGCCUCUCCAUUCAUCUUCGUUCCUUCCACAACAUCGACGAUCCCUACGAUUGCAAGAAGUGCCAGAUGAGCUUCCCCACCCUGCAGGAACACCGCAAGCACAUCCACACGGCCCACGCCAGGGAGUACCACCCGUGCCCAACGUGCGGGAAGGUCUUCAGCGCACCAUCCCUGCUGGAACGCCACCUGGUCAUCCACGUCGGGGGGAAGCCCUUCAGUUGCCAGAUCUGCGACAAAGCUUACCAGCAGUUGUCGGGGCUGUGGUACCACAAUCGGACCCAUCACCCAGAUAUCUUCGCAGCCCAGAACCACCGUUCGUCCAAGUUCUCCAAGUUACAGUGUAGCUCUUGUGAUAAAACUUUUCUCAGCAGCACAGCCUACAGAGAACAUGCCAAGGAAGAACAUGCAGAUGCGGUGUUCCAUGAGCGUGAGCAGUGCGGGGGUUUCUUGCAGGAGGCUCACGUGAAACGGCAAGCCGUAGGGUCCCAGCCGUUCCUCUGUCCGCACUGUUCGACUUCCUUCCACCUCCAGGAGGCGCUCCAGCACCACGUGGCCACAGAACACCCCACACAAGCAGAACCAUCCCUCGGCUGUGGGCUGUGCGGGGAGCUCUUUACUGGGCAGGAGCAGCUGGAGGAGCACUGUGGGGCCGAGCGCCCCAAAGUGGUGUUUGCAGACUCGCAAGUCCCCGCAGCCCAUAUAGUGCAAGUGAUUCAGGCACCGGAGCAGAUGAUCGCUCUCGCUGAGUCAGAGCUUACCAGCUCCCAUGUGUUCCUGACGCUGCCGGAUGCCCAGGGAUACCAAGGUAGACCCGAGCUGGUGACGGUGACCAUGGAAGAAUUGCUGGAUGAGAAAGUGACUUUGAUCUGCAAAGGAGCUGAAGCAGGGAGGGCCGGGAAACCCAUCUGAAAAGCUGCCUUUGGCAAGAAGAGCCUUGAAGUGCUCUAGA